AUUUUGACAGCGAGAUUACAUCACUGCUGACGUGGGGGAUUUGUAGAGUGUAACGACUGGCAACCUUGAGCAGACAAAAGAUGCAGUACAUCCGCGACCUGAGAGCAGGGGUUUUGGCAUCGAAUGAAACACGUGCUACUUGAGGAACAAGAUUAAUAAGUAAUUCCAUGGAGGCACACAGAGGAACAUCCACCUGUUCUGCUCUCCAUGCCCUCCCCCUUUUCCCUUUUUCCUUUCAAAAAAAUAUGACUUGUGAGUUACACCAACAAAGCUCUAUAUUGACUGAUAUUCAUUACAACGGUUGGUAGACCUCUCACUAAAAUAUAUGGAACAACAUGACCUCUAUGUUGACUACGGGUUAGUGUUUUAUAAUAAGAAAACUGCUGUGGAUUAUGAAAGAUCAACUUGGAGGCCUUAAGCAGAAUAGAGUCUGUUCUUGUGAGGAGUAACACCAGAAUCGUAUAUGCAGGCCAACAUGGCACCCAAGAACGCUGUCACAGAGUCUGUUCCAGUGCUGGACAUGGCAGUCGUGCAAGAGAAGGAUCCGAAUGGUGGGCAAAACAUGGAGAAAGAAGUGGAAAUGUCAGAAGACUCGGCCAGUGAGGAUUCUGUAAACCACAUCCCCAAGCGGUUAUGGGUCAUGCACGGUGCCGUCAUGUUCGGGAGGGAGUUCUGCUACGCCAUGGAAACAGCACUGGUCACUCCUGUGCUGUUGCAGCUUGGUCUCCCAGAGCAGUAUUACAGCUUGACCUGGUUCCUCAGCCCUAUUUUGGGUUUAAUUUUCACCCCUCUUAUUGGCUCAGCAAGUGACCGCUGUACUUUAAAAUGGGGUCGGAGGAGACCCUUCAUUUUGGCGCUGUGUAUAGGAGUGUUAAUAGGAGUGGCCUUAUUUCUCAAUGGAUCGCUUAUAGGUCUUUCUCUGGGUGACGUCCCCAGUAAUCAACUGGUUGGGAUUGUGCUGACUGUUGUUGGUGUGGUGGUUCUGGACUUCUGUGCUGAUGCUUUGGAUGGACCAAUCAGAGCCUACCUACUGGAUGUGGCUGAUACUGAGGAACAGGACGUGGCUCUAAAUAUCCAUGCUUUCUCAGCAGGGCUGGGAGGUGCUUUAGGUUACAUGCUUGGAGGGCUGGACUGGACCAAUACCUUCCUGGGUCGAGCUUUUAAGGCCCAAGAGCAGGUGCUCUUUUUCUUUGCUGCCAUCAUCUUUAUCAUUUCUGCGACGCUUCAUCUUUUCAGCAUCAAGGAGCAUCUAUAUAACCCCAACCAGCCAGGGGUAUUGAAGGAUGAGGAUGAAGAAAGGCCACUUCCUGUCCAGCUCUAUGGAAGCUUUCCAUCCACUCGCCUCUUGCCUCAACUAGAACUUAUCCCUGAGGAGGAGUCAUUUUCAGCCCAUGAGGAUGAUCGGUCUGAGCGGGAUGUUUCAACUGACUUUCUAAACAUCGACCUGGUGCGAAGUAAAAGUGACUCGGUUUUAGCCAUGCCAGAUGGUACCAUAGAGCUUGACCCAGACUUAGAUCGCGAUGGGCAGUUUCUGUGCGACAUUGAACCAAAUUUAUUCCAGGACUUUCAGGGUCUACAAGACGAUGGCACGACAUUGGAUUGCCACAACACCAGCCAGCUAGGUCAGUGCACUGACCACCACUUACAGAAGUGUGAUAGCAGUGGGGAACACAUCUGUGGGGCUGCCAAAACUGUAAACGGAAGCUUUGCCACUUCUGGAAAUCCAAUCAAUGGAGCAGCGAAUGCCACUAAUCAACCAGGCAAAGUCAGUUUACGACCAUCCGGCGGCCCAGUGCGCCGGCGCCACCCUUCCUUCUACCGCCAGCCCUCCUUCACUUUCUCUUAUUAUGGACGUGUGGGCUUUCAAUGGCGACGGCGCUACGGCAACAUGGCCGGGCCAAUCAAAUCUUCACGAAGCCUGAAUGACAUCGACAAAAUAGAUAGACGUCACGAGAGGCGGAAGUUGCAACCAAGUGGUAUCUCUGCAUCCCGCAGGAAUGAGGAAGAUGAAGAAAGCGAGGAUGGAUAUGAUGGCACGACGGUCAAACUGCUCUGGUUGUCCAUGCUGAAGAUGCCGCCCCAGCUCUGGCAUCUGUGUGUAUGUCACCUGCUCACCUGGUUCUCCAUGAUCGCACAGGCUGUGUUCUACACAGACUUCAUGGGCCAGGUUAUCUUUGAAGGAGACCCAACUGCUGCUGCUAACUCCACUGCCCUGCAGAACUACAGUAAAGGUGUGCAGAUGGGCUGCUGGGGUCUUGUGAUCUAUGCAGCUACAGCUGCCCUCUGCUCAGAUGUGCUCCAAAGGAUCUUAAACAACUAUGACCUAAGCAUAAGGAUCAUCUACAUGUUGGGGACUCUAGCCUUUGCUGUGGGAACAGCCAUCAUGUCCAUCUUUCCAAAUGUAUAUGUAGCUAUGGUGAUGAUAAGCACCAUGGGAAUCAUCUCCAUGAGCAUGUCAUACUGCCCUUAUGCUCUUCUGGGACAGUACCAUGAAAUCAAAGAGUACAUUCAUCACAGCCCUGGCAACUCACGGCGAGGCUUUGGCAUCGACUGCGCCAUCCUGACAUGUCAAGUUUACAUCUCUCAGAUCUUGGUGGCGUCGGCACUCGGUGCAGUUGUAGAUGCCGUUGGCACAGUGAGAGUAAUCCCCAUGGUGGCAUCGGGAGGCUCCUUUCUUGCUUUCCUUGCUGCGGCUUUCCUCGUCAUCUACCCUGAUACGCUUGACGAUGAAGACGACGACGAUGAAGAGCAAGGCCCAAACUCUGUUAAAUCGGAGGCAGCGUCCAGUAACAGUACAGAGAAACUCAGUGUUUUAAAGUCAAUGCCAAGGGACAGUUCCAGCAAGCCAGAGGUUGAAUCCUCUGUUUGAGUGUUAGAACAUAAAAUACUUGAGUUUUUGAAGUACAAAUCCCAGAAUGCACAAGCAAGUUAACACAAAAGUCUUAGACUCAAGACUCUCACACAUGUUGAAUGUUAUUCUGUGGAUUUGGUACAGAGACAAACCUAUUUGAGUCAAAUAUGUGAUUUCUGAGAUUAUUUCUCAAGCUAUUUAUUAUGUGUGCCCAAACAUUUUCAUUGUCUACUCUACACAAACUUAUUUUUUUUUUUACCAGGUUUACGUCACUACAGUGAAAAAGUUUCACAUGCCACAGUAAUAAUGUUUCCACACAAGUUUAUAUGUCAAAAUUUACAUACCAGAUGUAAGUUUACAUUUUCAGAAUGAUUUUUUUACUCAGUGUUAAAAUAUGAUUAUCAUUGUAUGUCCCUCAUCAGCCUCAUAUCAUGAAAAAUACUCAGGGUAAAGCUGCUGCUUCUGAGCACAAAAUGCUCACUUCUCACAGACUUUAACUAUGCACAAUGCCAAAAUAUUUUUUGUAAUGUUUCUAGACUUUGAAUAAGACAUUGGUUUUCAGAGUUGCCUUUAGUUCAGAAAUGUGAUUUUCUUUGGUACACUAUUUUAAGAUAUGAAGAGAAUGGAUAGCCAUGGCAUUAAGUAAAGAAACAGCUUUGCUUUACACAGUGAUUGGUGUGCGAAAUGAAGAAGUGUGUUUAGCUGUCGUGGCAAUUUUUACUGUCUGUUAGCGUCCGUCUUAAGUGAUGACACUCCAAUAGUGGCAGUAUUUUUCACAGCCAAAUUCAUAAUGCUGUUCCAGUACUGUUGUGUAGUUUAUAUACACAAGUUUUUGAGCCUCUUUUCAUUCAAGACGACAGGCCAAAUAUUUUCUUCACUAGUUAACCACAGAACUCCACUCUGGCUAAGUGGACCAACUAAGUUAUGGCCUCUUAUGGUCAUAAAUGUAGUUUAAUUACAUUGCUGGAAAUGUGACGUCCACAGUUGAUGUACAGAGGUCAGUAGCCUGGCUUUGUAUCUUAUUUUAUCAUGCAAAAGAUCUUUGUGUGUAUGUUUCAUAAGCAAGGUGGACAGUUUUUUAAUCAUCCUCAUAAUUUUAUUUUAUUUUAUUUUUUGAUAUGUGGUACUGCAGUGACUUUUUUUUAGUGUUUGAACCGAACUGAAAGUUUAUACUGUUUCUAGGUGUUUAAUUUGGAUUUGUGUUCAGUUUUGAUAAAAAGAAAUCUCUACA